AAUGUCAUGUCUCUCCUUGGAAAACCCUACGUACUUGUGUCAGGGCAUUCCUAGUUCAGCUUCAAAGUAUUUCAAGAUCACUGUGCAAGAUGAAAGCACUGCACAAAUCAUUCUUUUAGGGUUUAACAGCCACUAAGAUAGUUAAACACUGUAACUAUGCACAAUCUAAGCACAUCAACCGAAUUUUCCGUCACUUGACAGUAAAUUAAAUUUGAACGGAUGUCUCCAUAAUGGGUGGAAAAAAAAUACAACAAAAAAAUCACACUUGAAACUAGUUGGUUCUUUCAUUUUCUCAUUUAUUCACUCAAUAAUUGUGAAAGGAGUUAAUUUUGGGAAAAAAAUCCAAAUGUUGAAAAAUCAGAAGCUGGCUGAAAUGUCUUUGACUGAAGUUAUGCUAAACAUACCAAUAACAUCAAAGAGUUAAAAUUAGAACCAUGACUAAUUCCUGAUAAAUCACACCUAAUGAAUAAUAUCUGCUUAAUAUAUCACAUACAGCAGCAGAAAAAUUUUGCAUACCAGUACUAGGGAUACCCUGACAGGGAGAAGAGCAAGUAAAAAAAAAAAAAAGUGCAUUUAUUUUUACUAGCUUCAGUUAUCAAAUAAUAAAAUAUUAUAGUGAUGACUCUAUUGAUAAACAGGCUUAGAGACAGUGGGAGCAGCAGGAGUAUUUAGCAAUAGAGCAGAUUAAUUUACAGAAGAAUAAUCUUACUUUUCACUGCUAAUUGCACAAAGCAGGAGACAUCUACCUGUGACAAACAUAUCUUGAAAAUGAUGGGACCUCCUCUCUGGGUCCAGCCCAAGUCAUAUUCCUGAUAUCUCCCUGCACACACAGCUGAUACGCCACCUACUGCAAAGCUGAGCUGACAGUCGGAGCAAUGCUAGCAGCAUUUCCAUUCCAACAUCGUGCCGGAGCUGAAUAAAGGUGCUUUUUUUAAAACAGAAAGAAAAAAAUAUAUCUUUUAUUCAAGCUGACAAGAACAAAGCAAGAUAGCUGGCUUUUUGUCCUUGCUUUGAUAAUGGAGAGAAAAAUAAGCAGAAGAGAAAAUGAAUGCGAAGAAAAACACAGCAACUCCGAAGGCUCUGAGCAAGACAAGGACUAUAAAACGUCUCUGAUUACUCUGAAUGUUGGUGGCUAUCUAUACAUCACACAAAAACAGACUCUAACCAAGUAUCCAGAUUCUUUUCUGGAAGGGAUCAUAAACGGCAAAAUAAUGUGCCCAUUUGAUGCAGACGGUCAUUACUUCAUAGACAGAGAUGGACUCCUUUUCAGACACAUUCUCAACUUCCUACGAAAUGGAGAACUUCUUCUACCAGAAGGGUUUCGAGAAAAUCAACUUUUGGCACAAGAAGCAGAUUUUUUCCAGCUUAAGGUACUCUCAGAUGCAGUGAAAUCAAGGUGGGAGAAGGAACAGCUAGCAUGUCGAGAGACUACUUUCCUGGAAAUUACUGACAGCCACGACCGUUCACAAGGACUUCGAAUCUUUUGUAAUGCUCCUGAUUUCAUUGCAAAAAUAAAAUCCAGAAUUGUACUGGUGUCCAAAAGCAGGCUGGACGGAUUUCCAGAGGAGUUUUCAGUAUCUUCAAAUAUUAUUCAAUUCAAGUACUUCAUAAAGUCUGAGAACGGUACACGGCUGGUACUGAAGGAGGACAACACCUUUGUCUGCACCCUGGAAACUCUUAAGUUUGAGGCUAUAAUGACGGCUUUAAAAUGUGGAUUUAGAUUGCUGACCAGUCUGGAUUGUUCAAAAGGGUCAAUUGUUCACAGUGAUGCACUUCACUUUAUCAAGUAAUCACAAAAGCAGAGGAAACGUGCAUGCAGCCAGUAAGCCUCCGUGACCUGCAGCCUCCUGGCAUCACAAUAAUGUAUCUAACUAGCCUUGUACCACAGAGCUGGCUGCUGAUCAAUUGCUGUGAGCUAAUGGUAUGUAAAUCUCACAAUGACAUCCAUCUCUGGCUUACUUAAACUGAAUGAAAAUUUUAUGCCUGAAUUUAAUAAAAAUUAUCUGCUAAACAUUGUAAACACAGAUUGAAUGCUCUAUGCUGUUUGUAAUACAUGUUUUCUUGAUGCUGUCUUUCAACCAGAGAGUCUAGCUGAAUCUUUGUGUACUUAGGUGAUUAACAUGCGUACACCUAACUGCUCUGCUGAACAGCAAGCAGUGGAAGUAUUUUCAUAUAAUAAGCAGGCUUAAAAUAUGUUUUGCUUAUAACAAAUUCAGAAUGGAUUUUAACUGGAAUAAAUGAUUUUAGAUGUUCAUUAGUCUUUAUGUUAAUCUAUUGUACUGAAUUUGCAAAAAACGAGAUUGCAAGAGGGUUUCAAAUUAAUCAACUUGAUUUUAAAGUUAAAUGAUUUCUCAAUCCACUUAAAACUAAACUUACAGCUGUGUUACUACAUUAAUAAAAAUUGCCAGAGCAUGUAAACUAACAAAAUAAUGUAAGGAGGGGGGAAUUCGUUCUAUUAUGGGAAAUGAGUUGAAUCUGCACAGAAUGUUAAAUUUUCUAAUUAUAUAUACAUCUCAAAUGUCUAAUAAAAAUAUUUGACAUAAA